AUGCACAAUACUAAUUCAGUCUCGGAUUUUUAACUUGUGAGUAAACAAGUAGAGUAAAAUGAAGACAACGUGUGUUUGCCUGUUCGCCUUUGUCGCAUUGGCCGUAGCCGAAACGUACACAGAUCGCUAUGACAACAUCAAUUUGGAUGAGAUCUUGAGCAACAGGCGGCUUCUGAUGCCAUACAUGAAGUGUAUAUUAGACGAAGGGAAGUGCUCAGCUGACGGAAAGGAGCUAAAGGGACACCUGACUGAGGCGUUAGACAACGACUGCCAGAAAUGUACGGAAAAUCAAAAGAAAGGUUCGGGACGGGUGUUAUCACACGUAAUCAACAAAGAAGCUGAGUUUUGGCAGAAGCUUAAAGCCAAAUACGACCCAGAUAACAAGUACGCGCCAAAAUACGAGAAACAGUACAAACAGUAAUGCAGUACAAGCAGUAAUGUAAUUGGUAAUAGGUAAUAGGUAAUACAAGGUAAUACAAGGUAAUACAAGGUAAUACAAAUAUAUAUAAUA